AUGGUCGAGGAGACGCGAGAAGGCUGCGAGCUCAAAGCACGAAUGCGAAGCUGCAAGGCUGAUGAAAAGAAAGCGCCACGCGAGGGGUUUGAAUAUGUUCGAAAUUUCGAGCAGCCAGACUCCCUCUUGCCCAAUACAUGGAUUGUAGUACGCAUAGAUGGCAGAGGAUUUACCAAGAUGUGUGCCAAAUAUGAAUUCGAAAAGCCAAAUGACCGGAGGGCUCUUGAUCUUAUGAAUGCGGCGGCUAAGGCUGUGGUGACUGAUAUCCCUGAGAUCACUAUUGCCUACGGAGUAAGCGACGAGUAUAGUUUUGUAUUUCACAAGUCCAGCAACCUCUUUGAGAGGAGAGCGAGCAAACUGGUCACCACAAUUGUCUCUACAUUUACAGCGAAUUACGUCUACUUGUGGCCGACUUAUUUUCCAGACACUCCCCUCUCAUUCCCUCUCCCAACCUUUGACGGUCGAGCAGUCUGUUACCCGACAGUGCAGAAUCUUCGCGAUUACAUGAGUUGGCGGCAAGCUGAUUGCCACAUAAAUAAUUUGUACAACACAGCCUUUUGGAAGCUGAUACAGCUAGGAGGCCUCGACAACAAGGAGGCAGAAAAAACACUUGCAGGCACGUUGGCUGCGGACAAAAACGAAAUACUGUUUUCUCGGUUCAAAAUUAAUUACAACAACGAACCGGAAAUCUUCAAGAAAGGAAGCAUUGUGUUCAGAGAUUACGAAUUGGCCGAGCCCAGUAGUCACAAUGCCGCCGCCGCAGCAGAUGCCCUUGCGGAGCCGGCAGUACAAUCAAAAUCACAAGCCGAAAAGGACAAGAAGCGCAGGGCCAAGGCGAAAGUGGUGGUGGAACACUUGGACAUCAUCAAGGAUGAAUUUUGGGAUAGACGGCCCUGGAUACUGUCGGGCAAGCCGGGUCAGCCUGGCAAGGCGUCCAAAGAAAUACAAACUUGA